CACUGAUCUCUACAGUCUGCCGUUAGGAACAGAACACACGCGGCAGAUGAGGGACUUUGCAGUGGUUGUGUUUGCGUGUCUAUAGGAACAGGAUCAGCACAGUGGCUCGUGUAGACGCUCGCUGCCUCAUUGGCACAUGUCCCGGCGGGGUGGAGCGUAGCGGGGCUGCCUCUUGUUCUGCGGUCUUGUUUUCUCAGCCUCACAACAGAGCAGCUGCAGCGACCGCGAGGAGAGGAGCGUCCGCCACCAGCCGGUGACCGAGUCCGUGGAUUUUCUGUGGACCUUAUUUCCCUGGGUUUGACCGCAGUCACAGUCCUGAGAGGUGACUGUGUUCGUGACAGUGCAGAGGACUGAGUCAGUACAGAGGAGACGGGGGUUGUUCGGGCUGGUGGAGGUUGUGAUCAUCGUUGUCCUUCCAGCGCUGCCUCCGUCCGCACUGUCCUGCAGGAGCGUUUUAACUGUGGAGCCUCUUCCUCGCCAAAUGGGUGUGAGUGCGUGAGGAGAAUACUAAUGAACGGCGCGCUGCGUCCUGCUGAGGCGCACCGCGUCCCCCGCUGCUGCUGAGGGCCACAACAGAGCCGACCAGUCGUCCAGAGCUCAGUCCCGACCUGAGGAAUUUUACACCCUCAGCCCAGGACUUAAUGAGCGGGGUCUGAGCACCGGAGCGGUUUUAUUUCCAGAGUCGGAGGUGGAUUAAACCCUCCAGCAGCUGCAGACAAAAAGACGCCAAAAUGGGCAACAGCUUCUCCAACAUCUCUGCCUUCCAGUCUCUUCACAUCGUCAUGCUGGGGCUGGACUCCGCGGGGAAGACCACAGUUCUCUACAGACUCAAAUUUAAUGAAUUUGUCAACACGGUUCCCACGAUCGGCUUCAACACCGAGAAGAUCAAGCUGAGUAACGGCACCGCGAAGGGCAUCAGCUGUCAUUUCUGGGACGUGGGAGGCCAGGAGAAGCUGAGGCCCCUGUGGAAGUCCUACAGCCGGUGCACCGACGGGAUCAUUUACGUGGUGGACUCUGUGGAUGUUGACCGGCUGGAGGAGGCCAAGACCGAACUGCACAAAGUCACCAAGUUUGCGGAGAACCAGGGCACGCCGCUGCUGGUCAUCGCCAACAAGCAGGACCUGCCCAAAUCUCUGCCCGUGGCGGAUAUCGAGAAGCAGCUGGCCCUGCACGAGCUCACCCCCUCCACCACCUAUCACAUCCAACCUGCAUGCGCCAUAAUAGGCGAGGGGCUUCACGAGGGCAUGGACAAACUGUAUGAAAUGAUACUGAAGAGGAGGAAAUCCUUAAAGCAGAAGAAGAAGCGGUAACAGCUGCUGACUCUGCGGACAGUGUUUUAGUCUCAUACUGUGAGGAAUCCGGGUUCUGCCAGUGGUGCCCCACACAGGUUUACUUUGCAGUGAUUUUUUUACAUCCUCAGUUUGGAUUAAAGCUGUUCGAUGCUGUGAGGCCCUGCUGAACAGACAGGAGGCUGCAGGAUAUGAAACAACAUAAAGUUUAACCAAAAAGACUGAGAAGAAACUUGAAAUGACUCUUCUACAGCAGGGAGGAGGAGGAACAGGCUGGCCUGUUUAUCUGCUGCUUUAUCAUAGACUUUAAAGAAGCUCCUUUGCUGUCCCUCCCUGAGGACUCUAAUGGACUAGUAUUUUUUAUUUCCAUCCACAGGACAUGUACUGUUGAAACAAGUUUGAUUUUGCACGUGGCUGGGGUCACCUGUGCCCCCUGCUCUGUUUUUUUCUAAACAGACAUCUGUAGUAUCAGUGUUUGAUUCUGGAUGUCACACAGACUGUUUCUUUCUUGGAGCAUUGAAGUAGCCUUUCCUCUGCGUGGUGGGCUGAGGACAGAGUGUCCACUACUUUGCACUUUUCAUUUCCUAACAAGCAGUAGAGAAUUACACUGUAUUAAUAGAGGAGCAGGUCCAGGAGGUUUAUGUACUAAGAAAACAGAAUUGAAGUAUUUUUUGAAUAUUAAAAGAUUUAAAAUCCA